AGAGUGCAGUCGGUGAGCAGAGACAGACAGGACGCGACGUCGCGCAUUUCAGAUAAAAACACAGCGCUGUUAAAUUCAAGUGCUGGUCAUCUUGCCUUUGGCUUGCCUUUCCUUUCAUCACUUGGCAAGAAGAAAUUAUGUAGAAAAGCAGAUGCGAACACUUAUAUUUGAAUAUGUGUAAGUAGGACUGGCAGGGUUCAGUAUGGUUAAGCAGUAGUCUGAGCCCAGGGCCCUGAUCAUGGAGGCUCGCUUUGGAAAUGUGGUGUUCAGCUCCCGCUUCGACUCCGGGAACCUGGCCCGAGUUGAGAAGGUGGAGCGAACUGAGACUGACGGCGAGAGAAACUCUCUCUCCCAAGUCGACUGUGAGUUCAACGUCUGGACUAAACCAGACUGUGCCGACACAGAGUUUGAGAACGCAAAUCGGUCAUGGUUUUACUUCAGUGUGCGUGGAGUGCUGCCUGGAAAACUACUGAAGAUUAACAUCAUGAACAUGAAUAAGCAGAGUAAACUGUACUCUCAGGGCAUGGCACCAUUUGUGCGCACAUUCCCGGUGAAAAUGCGCUGGGAGAGAGUCAGAGAACGGCCCACGUUUGAGAUGUCGGAGAAUCAGUUUUUUUUGUCCUUUGUGCACCGAGUGCUGGAUGUCAAGGGAGUCAUCACAUAUUUUGCCUUUUGCUAUCCGUUCUCUUACACUGAGUGCCAGGACAUGCUUCUGCAGCUUGACCAACGAUUGCUCAGCAGUUCUCAUGCACUGGGGCCCUGCAGUCCCGCAGACAGUCUGUAUUAUCAUCGGGAGUUACUGUGUUAUUCCCUGGAUGGACACAGAGUAGAUCUGCUUACCAUAACUUCCUGCCACGGCAUGCUGGAGGAAAGAGAACCCAGACUGGAGAAGCUAUUUCCUGACCAUAGCACACCACGGCCCCACCGCUUUGCUGGCAAGCGGGUGUUCUUUCUCAGCAGUAGGGUCCACCCUGGUGAGACACCCUCCAGCUUUGUGUUUAAUGGCUUCCUGAACUUCAUUCUGAAUCAGGAGGACCCUCGAGCUCAGAUGCUUCGUCGGAUGUUUAUCUUUAAGCUAAUUCCCAUGCUUAACCCUGAUGGGGUUGUGAGAGGUCACUAUAGGACGGACUCUCGUGGUGUAAAUUUGAACCGACAGUACAUUAACCCAAGCGCUGAGCUACAUCCCUCCAUUUACGGAGCCAAAUCACUCCUCCUGUACCAUCACCAGGACAACCGCCUCAACCCUAGUGCUCCUUCUGCACUCAAACUCUCCAACCAGUCCAAUACUAUGACCCCGCCUCGAACCACACCUCUCGAACUUGAAAACUAUUUGAACUACCGUAAUGAGGUGGAGCAAUUGGAGAGCCCCACUCUUGACCUCUCAGAGAUUCCCAUGCAACUGGAGGAGAGUUGGGAAAAACUCAAAAAAGAGCGCGGCCCAUGUGAUGAGAACGAAUCCAGUCCGAGCUGGAGCCAAACAACUCAACCUAACCUCGCUCCUACAGAGCACAUCCCACCUGAGGAGAGUGGAGUGGCCUAUUACAUUGACCUACAUGGCCACGCCUCUAAAAGAGGAUGCUUCAUGUAUGGAAACAAUCUACCUGAUGAGAAUCAGCAAGUGGAAAACCUGAUGUAUCCAAAGCUUAUUUCCCUAAAUUGUGCCCAUUUUGACUUCCUUGGAUGUAAUUUCUCAGAGAAGAACAUGUAUGCAAGGGACAAGCGUGACGGUCAGUCUAAAGAGGGCAGCGGCCGAGUGGCCAUAUUCAAAGCCAUCGGAUUGGUUCACAGUUACACUUUGGAGUGCAACUAUAACACGGGUCGUUCCGUUAACACCAUUCCACCUGCCUGCCAUGACAAUGGCCGAGCAACUCCUCCUCCUCCUCCUGCCUUUCCUCCUAAGUACACCCCUGAGGUAUAUGAACAGGUGGGCCGGGCCGUUGCUAUAGCAGCGCUAGAUAUGGCUGAAUGUAAUCCAUGGCCACGUCUCAUCCUUUCGGAGCACAGCAAUCUGGUGAACCUGCGAGCCUCACUGCUUAAACACAUUCGCAACAGCAAAGGCUUUGGCUCCAAUGGCCGCAAGAACACUAACAAGACUGCCAGUGCCCCCAAAUCUUUAGGUCUGAGUGGCUCUGUUUCAGAGAAUUCUCUAAGUCGAAGUCGCAGCAACAUCACCCGUAAUUGCAGCAUGCCUGGGAACAAACAGACGCCUUCACAGUUGAAGAGUUCGCCUAGUUUCACAUUUGGUUGGAACAACACUGGAAACACUCCCAGCUUGCACAAGCCUGCUCACAAAGCUUUGGGGCCAAUAAGAGAAACUAAAGCUCAGGAGAAAAGGCGCCCGCACCAUCUCAGUCACCACCUCUCACUGCACUGUCCCAGCAACAGUCAGGUCAUACAGGCACGCCCUCCUCUCUCUCCUUCAUCUUCCUCUUCCUCCACCUCCUCCUCUCCCUCUUCCUCAUCUUUGGGGGCGGGCUCGUCCUCCUGCUCCAUCAGCACAGCAGGUCUGUACUCACACACCCGCCUGCUUACCAAAUUAAGGCCACUGCAUCACACUCAGAAAUCCCAGCCAGCACAACAGGACUAAGUGACUUCUCUUUUUAAGUCUGUCUGUGUGUGUGGUUGUGUAGUUUCAGAUAUUGUGCUUAUGUUUAAAAGGGUUCUGUGACAGUUUUACUUUCUUUAGUUAGUCCCCCCCCUCCCCAUUUGACUCAAAGAGAAAUGGAAGAAAAAUUUUGCACUUUGAUCAUGCUGAAAGGAUCAAAUUAAGUACGGUGGUAACCUCGAACCUAGAUUUUAGAAGUGUUACACCCACAGUUCGAACUAGCAAAAAUAACCUUGAACCUUACUAAACAACUUGGGUCUUAAAAAUAAAUUUUUAAGACCUAGGCUUACUGUUUGAUUCAGUUCUUUCUAAGCUGGAUUUUAAAGCAGUGUUUUUGCAUCCGUUCUCAUAGUGGCAAAUCUAAUUUUUACUGUGUUCACGACUGUAGCUGCCAAAUUCUACUAGCAUAUUUUUGCUGCAAGUGUGUUCACUACACAUAAUAGACAUGCCAGUUAAGUGUAAAGUCCACUUCUGCUUUUAGAAAGGAAUAGUUAUUGGGUGGUCUCACCCCUAUAAGAUAUAGUUCCCAGGUCUCGACUGACCCUGCAACACUAGAAUGAAAUGGUAAUAAUGGGAACAUGUAGCAAUUUAAUGUAUGUGUACUAUGUCUGAUCUGCUUUUUGUGUCCUAUGUGGUAAUAAUUAUUUUUGCACUUUUCAGUUCUGUAGCAGUUUCCUUUUUUUCACCUCUCAUUUAUUUUUAUAUUGGAUAAGCUGUUUUUUUCUUUUUAUUUCUUUUUUUAAGCAGCAUCUGUGUUGUAUAGAGAUUUAACCAGUUCAUGGCCACCAAAACGUGGCUUCUAAAUUUUAUAGUCAUACGUACUGCAGUUUAUGGGCCGUCUGAUAUUUAAAUUGUUAGGGUUUCUGUUCUUGUCAGACAGAACUACUAUUAGUUAUAAAAAAUUAUAAAAAUUGUAGCAUAAUUUAUUGAUCUUUCUUCAUGCUAUGCAGAACUGAAAAGCAUAUUCCAUUAAUUAAAUUUAAACAUUGCACUCACAGUAUGAGUAAUUUGCUGAAAGUAGGCCUGGUAAUCAUAAAGGUCAUAAUUAACAAUAAUAAUAAUUUAAAAAACUUCUGAUUGUAAUAGUAGAGCUCACUGAAAGUCUGGGUAACUGUAAAUCCUGAAGGAAUAAACUUU